AUGAGACAUCUUCAAGGCGCAAGUGACAAUUUAGUCGUUGAAAUGCAAACGACCGAUCGUGAGAAGUUCUUCAAUUACUUUAGAAUGACUCCGGAAUUAUUUGAAGAACUGCUGUCAUUAGUUGGACCACUUAUUGAGAAGCAAGAAUUAUGCCGAGUUCCAAUUUUAUCUCGUACAAGAUUGCAACUGGCUUUACGCUGGUUGGCAUCUGGUGAUAGUAUGGCAUCUCUUUCAUAUGCAUUUCGUAUUGGAGCAAAUACAGCUUCUAAAAUCAUAAAGGAGACUUGCACUGCAUUGUGGGAAGUAUUAAAAGAUAGAGUUUUUCUACAACCCACUGAUGAAAAUUGGCAAAAAGUUGCUGACGAUUUUGAGAGAAUUUGUCAAUUUCCCAACUGCAUUGGAGCUGUCGAUGGAAAGCACAUUAUGAUUCAGGCACCACCGAAUAGUGGCUCGUCUUUCUACAAUUAUAAAGGCAAUCAUAGUAUAAAUCGGCUUGCCGUGAGUGAUACAAAUUGUUGCUUUAGCAUUGUAGACAUCGGAGCAGAAGGAAGACGUAGCGAUGCUGGUGUUUGCUAG